ACACCCCAAGUGAUAUGCCGGUGUCAGAACAAUUCCUGUCCUGAAGGAGGGUGUGUGACCUUUAUUCCUCCUUCACAGACGUCCUUGAGCCCUUGAGACGGAUGUGAGUGAGUUUUUCAGUCCUCAUGCAAAACAACCAUCUAAACAUAACAGAUGACAUCAGCUUGGGCUUUUCAAUUCCUGGAUGGCAGCAGCGUGUUAAUCCAGCCUUCAUCCUGGAUUUCAUAAACUAAAACAAGAGAGCCUGGCAGGAGGACAGCACUGCUGCUGGGUUGAGGAAAUUGAUGACGGGGAGGCAUGCGGGCAACCCAGUGUAUAAAACUCAUAAACGUGUAGGCAGAGGCUCAGCUACCAGUUUGGACGGCUGCUUGUCACCAGCAAAGACGACGACGUGGGAGCUGAGGCUGAGCCAGCUGGGAGACAUGAAGAGCGUCCUGCUGCUGACCAUGCUCCUUGUACCUGCACACCUGGCAGCAACUUGGAGCACCAAGUAUGCGGUGGAUUGCCCUGAACACUGUGACAGUAAUGAGUGCAAAAGCAGCCUGCGCUGUAAGAGGACAGUGCUCGACGACUGUGGCUGCUGCCGGGUGUGUGCUGCAGGGCUGGGAGAAACCUGCUACCGCACAGUCUCAGGCAUGGAUGGCGUGAAGUGUGGCCCGGGGCUGAGGUGUCACUUUUACAGUGAGGAGGAUGAUUUUGGUGACGAGUUUGGUAUCUGCAAAGACUGCCCCUACGGCACCUUUGGGAUGGAAUGCAGAGAGACCUGCAACUGCCAGUCGGGCAUCUGUGACAGGGGGACAGGAAAAUGCCUGAAAUUCCCCUUCUUCCAAUAUUCAGUAGCCGAGUCUUCCAACAGGAGAUUUGUUUCUCACACAGAACAUGACAUGGCAUCCGGAGACGGCAAUGCUGUGAGAGAAGAAAUUGUGAAAAAGAAUGCUGCUGGCUCUCCUGCAUUGAGAAAAUGGUUAAAUCCACGCUGAUCCUGGGUGGGAGUUCUAAGAGAAGGCUCUGUUGUGAUUGUUCAAUGCACAGCCAACAUUUUAGGAACUGUCUAGAUGACUAGGGUAUGGACAUGUCGUUUUUGGAGACCAAGUGGGAUUCAUGAUGGAUCCAGGGGAAAAAAAGUAGGCAAUUUUUACAAUCCAUUACGUGCAGAUGACUGAACACUUUUAGAUAUUUGUUAAAUAUUUGGAUACAUAUAGAUUUGUUAAGUGUGUGUGUAUAG